AAACCAUUUAUACUUCAGAGUUAUCGUCGUUUCGGUCAUCAAUGCCGUAUCAACAGCCCGCGCGAUGGCCUUUUUGUGAUACUUUACACGAGCUGCUGAAUUCAAUUUUCUAUCAACCACCACGAUCAGUCUUCCUAUUCUUUAGAGAUAGUCACAAUUAAAAUGGCAGUCAUGACUCACUGUUUUGGAUUCAUUGGCCUCGGGAAUAUGGGCUCACGGAUGGCUCACAACUUGUCAGCUUACGCCCGUAAACAGGCAUACGCACCUGUGCAAAUCUGGAAUCGAUCAGCUGCCAAAAGUAAGCAACUCACUGAGACUUGCUACUGUGAGGUCGCAUCCUCUAUCCAAUCUCUGGUCCUGGCCUGUGACAUCAUCCAUAUGUGUCUGGCCAAUGAUGAUGUGGCACAUGCUAUAGUCGAUGAGAUUAUCGCCAUGGGGAAACAAGGGGUUGUUGUCGUCGACCAUUCAACGCUGUUUCCUACGACUUCGAAAGCACUGCAAGAAAAAUCCGCCCGAGCCGGAAUUGUGUUCUGCUCGUGUCCAGUCUUCGGCCCCCCUGUUGCAGCGGAAAAUGCUGCCCUCCUAAUUGCCCUUACUGGUCGAGACGAAGCUCGCGACGCGUUGAAAGAAUACAUAGUGCCGACUAUCGGGAAGGCAUUGAUAGAUUGCGGCGAGGAUGCGUCUAAGGGAGCUCUCCUCAAGAUUCUCGGCAACAACUGCAUCCUCGGCACUAUUGAGUUGCUAUCCGAGAGUUUCACGCUGGCAGAGAAGACGGGCCUCAGCGCCAAUAAUUUUUACGAGUUUAUCCAAGCCUGGUUCCCGGCGCCAGCCUGGGAGAAUUACGGCAAAAGAAUUCGCGAUGGUGCAUUCUCUGGCUCAAGUGGUUUUACAAUUGGCGGUGGGAUGAAGGAUGCUGGCUUUAUACGCCGUCUUGGGGCCGAGACAGCAACUCCAACUCCCAUCAUCGACCAGGCAUGGAACCAUCUGACUACGGCAAAGGCUCUUGGAGGAGAGGGGCUUGAUUGGAGUGCGUGCGCUGCAGGAAUGCGUGCCACCGCUGGACUUCCUCCAUUCAAAGGGGAAGACUUCACUAUCGCACAAUAAAAUAGCAGUGGUACUAGCCAAUCUGAAGCACAUAGAUAAGAACCUAGCUAUGUUCUUGUAGGAUCAUAGAGGGAGAUAGUAAUAGAG